ACUUGUCGUCAAAAGUGUCAAAAGGCCACUGCCACCGCGCCAUAGUUUGACUGCAGCAAUGGCGGACGAAAGUGAAACGAAACAAAAUUGUACUUUUACGUUUAAAAAGCGUAGAAACCAAGCAGUUCGCAGAAAGAAAGAGAGUGACGAAAGUGAAGGUAGCAAUAACGAUGAAGAAAAACCUACAGUUGUAAGGAAGGAGAAGAAAGUCAAAACCAAUUUGAUGGUUCAAUCUACAGCAAAAGCUCGCAAAAAAAAGAAAGAAGCAGAUGACAGCGAUGAAAGUGAUGAUUCCUCUGAGCAUGAAGAUGUCAUGGUGUCAUAUAGGUCUAAGCGACUCACCGGACCAGAAGGUCCAAGUGACAUGGGAGCCACUGCAACUAUUGAAAUAGAAACUGAGAAAGAUCGUGAUGCCCAAGCACAGUUUGAACGAGCACUAGCAAUUAACAAAGUAAGUCCUAAAAACUUCUACAUCAUUGACUUGCACAGCUUUUCAUCAAACUUUUCCAACUUUGAAAACUUCAGCUCGAGGGUGGGGGCGUCUCCGGAACACGGCGAGCUCGCCCAAGAACACCAGCAGCGCAACGGCGUGGCCCAGCGCCAGCAGCUUCCAUGA